AUGGACGGUGGCCAGACCUCGACCAGCACCGCCCCCGCGGGCAACUCCAGCGAUUUUGUACGGAAACUCUACAAGAUGCUCGAAGACCCAUCGUACGCGGAAAUCGUGCGGUGGGGUGACGAAGGAGACAGUUUUGUGGUCUUGGAGUGCGAAAAAUUCACCAAGACCAUCCUUCCGAAGCACUUUAAACACAGCAACUUUGCCAGUUUCGUGCGACAGCUGAACAAGUACGACUUCCACAAAGUGAGACAGAACAACGAGGAAAACGGACAGUCACCAUACGGACAGAAUGCCUGGGAGUUCAAACACCCUGAGUUCAGAGCGAACAGCAAAGAAUCCCUCGAUAACAUUCGACGGAAGGCCCCGGCUCCGCGCAAACAGGCCCAGAGCACCGAAGACUCGGUUCCGACACAACAAAUAGAUUUGCUGAACCAGCAAAUUGUGGCUCAACAACAACAGAUUCAUCAAUUACACGAGCGACACACACGACUCAGUGUCGAUCAUCAGUUGAUGAUGCAGGAAGUUAUGAGGGUGCAGAAGACCAUCCUUAACCAUGAAAAUGUUAUUCACCAGGUGAUGACUUACCUGCUCUCCGUUGAUGCCCGCCAGCGGCGCGACAGCAAAGCGGCUGCUGUGCCUUUCCAAGCCCAGGGUCAAGCCGGUUCGACCCUGAGCCCUUCACAGGGCGCAUCCAUGGACGACGAGCCCUCGUCACCCUUGCAGCAUGCCUCGAAGCUCCUGAAUGAUAUGAAUGCAGAGAUUCAAUUCAAUCUAGGGGGCCUAGAGUCCAUGGGUGAGCCACCGAAAACUACCGCCGUGGUCCCUACACCUGCUCUGGAGACUGCUCCCCGGAAUGGUGUCGCGCGGCCCUCUGCUGCCGACGCCAGUGCGAAUACUGCUAUGGUCUAUUCCAAGAUGAACGGGGAGAUCGAGCCCGUCGUCUACCCGGUGGGCGCCACCAACGGAAUCGAUCCUAUGUACAGUGAACAUGUUAACAACGUCCCGUAUCCCAUGCCUCCCAAACAAGAGAUUGACGAAUCUCGACGGCAAUUCCCCGACAACCGGAAAAAGAGCGCAAAUGUCGAUCCCGGUUGGGUGCGCAGCCCCCAUAUUCUGCUCGUAGAGGAUGAUGCGACAUGCCGUCAAAUUGGUGGCAAAUUCCUAUACUCUUUCUCGUGCCUGAUUGAUACCGCGCUUCAGUUCGACGGCCUGGAAGCGGUGAACAAGAUCCAGGAUGGCUCCAAAUAUGAUCUCAUUCUCAUGGACAUUAUCAUGCCCAAUUUGGAUGGUGUUUCUGCUUGCCACCUUAUUCGCCAAUUCGACAGGACCCCCAUUAUCGCCAUGACAUCUAACAUUCGCAGUGACGAUAUCCAGCUCUACUUCCAACAUGGAAUGGAUGACGUCCUUCCAAAGCCUUUCACAAGAAAGAGCCUUCUCGAUAUGCUUGAGAAACACUUGGUUCACCUGAAAACGAUGCCGCCGGGAAUAGAGGCUCCCCAAUCGGCAGCAGCCGUUACGAUGGCCGCGCAAAGCUCGGCCGCCCAGUCAGUCAAGGAGGACAGCUCUCCUGGGCAAUCGCCAGCAACAUCGAUGACUGCUUGGCAAUCACCGGGCCAAUUUCCAGGCAUGACUGCCGUGGCUCCUAACGUUCCGCAAGUCCAAAGCCAAUAUAUACCCGCCGCCCCUGCUGCGGCUGCAUAUGCCGUAGAUCAAAACGGAGUUCAGUAUCCCGCACCCGCGGUGGCCCUUGCUACUACGGCGCCUGCGGCCGUCAGGCCGCAACCACCUCGACGACAACUUUCGGAAAUGUCGAGUGCUACCGAAAACCCCAAUAUGGCCAAACGGCCGCGCAUGUACGCUCAUCAAGCGCAGCCAAUGGUUAACCCCAUGCAAGCUGCGCGAACGGGCUAG